AUGGAGAUAAAUUUGAAGAAAACACAAAUAAUGAUUAUUGAAAAACGAAAAACAAGAAAGGCAAGCCCAAAGUUUAAUCUUGGAAAUCGGACCAUAGCAAUCGUACAGGAAUACUGUUACCUAGGAGUGAAACUAAAUCACAAUGGCAAUUUCACUUCAGCUCUAAAGCAACUAAGUGAGAAAGCCUUGCAUGCUUUAUAUGGUAUAAGAAGACAGCUCAACUUCAGCCGCCUCAAUCCCAAAUAUGCCAUUAAAAUAUUUGAUUCUAUUAUAAGCCCGAUCCUACUAUACAACUCUGAAGUAUGGGGGACAUACGUGAAAAACGAUUUCAACAAUUGGGACAAGUUACCAAUUGAAAAAGUCCAUCUUAAGUUCUGUAAAAUAUACCUCGCUGUCAGUAGGAAAGCAAGUAACAUUGCUUCCAGAGCUGAGCUUGGAAAACUCCCUCUUAUUAUCAAUGUAUUCAAAAGGGUCUUCAAAUACAUCACUCACGUAAACUCACUUCCCGAAACAGCCAUUGCAAAGCAAGCAUUUCUAAUCUCGAAAGAUCUCUACUCUAGGCAGAAAACUUCCUUUUACGGAAAUGCAAUGGAUACAAUCAAAAAUUUAAACCUAAAUGAAGAAAUCCCUAGUCUGGAAGCCGUAACGUCUGAACAUAUUGAAGCUAUUACCAAAACCCUUGAGGAAAAAUACUUGACAUUCUGGAAACAUAAACUUGAAAAUUCAUCCAAAUUAACUUUCUAUUCAACAUUCAAAACGGACCACAACCUCGAAAAAUACUUAAUACUUAUAAAAGACCCAUACAAGAGAAAAUGUCUUUCACGUUUUAGAGUUAGCAGCCAUAACCUCCAAAUUGAGAUCGGGCGAUACCAAAAUACACCCCGAGAAGAACGCUUAUGUGAAAUCUGUAAUUCAGGAGAGGUGGAAAACGAAACCCAUUUCCUACUCUUUUGCAAAGCCUAUGAGCAUUCUCGUGAAGACCUCCGAAGUUCUUUAGAGAAUGUCUCAUCUAACGAGAUUAAACUGAACUCUCAAACUCUAUCAGCUGACUUAAUGAAGUCAACUGAUAGUGAAAUCAUAACUAAACUGUCAAAAUUUGUUUAUUCAUGUUUUGAACAAAGGCUUAAAUACCUUGAAAACAGGAGUGCUAGUUAG